CCGGCCGGAACUUUUCUGCAUCUGGCCGAUAAAAUACGAAACACUAUAAAGUUGCCAACUCAGUAAUGUGACGUGUAUUGUAAGAGAAACAUGGAGGGUACGCUAUUUAAGUGGACGAAUUAUUUAUCGGGUUGGCAACCUCGAUGGUUCAUUUUAGAAAAUGGUAUUUUAUCUUACUACAAAUCUCAAGAAGUAGUCAAUAGUGGCUGUAAAGGGUCAAUAAAGAUGACAGUAUGUGAUGUAGUUGUACACCCAUCAGAUUCCACACGGUUAGACCUGGUUAUUCCUGGAGAGCAGCACUUCUACCUAAAAGCAGCUACACCUCAUGAACGCCAACAGUGGCUUAUUGCCCUUGGUACAUCAAAAGCUUGCUUGGCAAAUGGACGAUCCCCACAGAGUACAGGAGAAAUUUCCCCUGAUAUUGUCAAAACCAAAAAAUCAGAACUGAGAUUGUAUUGUGAUCUUCUGAUGAAGCAAGUCCAUUCUGUAAAACAAGCAAUCUCAAACCCAGAUGAAACUCCGGAUAUUCAGAAACUGAAUGAUGCCACAUCUCUGUUGAGUGCGACCUGUGAUACCUUCAUACAAACCCUUGAAGACUGUAUGAGAAUUGCCAAUGCAACAAUAGCUUAUGAAGUGCCUAACCAAUAUGUAAUAAAUUCUUCCAUACCAAUUUCAUCUCCAACCAAAAGCAACUAUAAAUUGGCAACAAAGAAUAACAUUCGAAAAUCAAUAUCCUUAGACAGACCAAUUAUGAAAAAUGGUAUUCAAGACCAUAAAUCAAUGAAAUACUCAAAUAGUGACCAAUAUUUACAAAAGAAAUCUCCAAACAGAAUGGACAGUGUAACUUCAGAUUCUUCAGACUGUCAAAUAUCUGGCUGUGAAGACAACAGUAACCGUUCCCUUAGUUCUGAUACUAGAAUAAUGCCUGCCGUACCGUCAGAUCUGAGGCCCCGUCACAUAUCAGAUGAAAGUUUAAUCAUAAUGAAUUCCACAGACACUUUCUUUUCUUAUCUGACACACAGCUUUGAAACAUGUCUUCUUGAUAGUGCUGGUGAAGUCCCUGUUGAGCCAUUCCUUGAUUCUUGUAAAUCAAUUUUACCUAUAUUUGAUAAAUUGAAUAGUACAGCAUUUGCAACAGUGAAAAUGGAUUUUUCUAGCAACAUUCAGAAAAUUGAGAAGAAAUAUGCUACCAAUUCAGAAUUUACAACAUUACAGAAAAUGAUUACAUGGGAAUUAGAAGCCAAUGAACAACAUUUAUCAAAUUCUGUUGCAGUUGCUGUAUUAUGGAUGAAAAGGGCUUUAGAAUUUAUUCGAGAAUUCAUAUCUGAAAUUCACAAUGGCAAGGCUGAUUUGAGUGAAGCAACAACAGAAGCUUAUAAUAGAACCUUGAAACCUUUCCAUACGAGGUUUGCCCGUAGUAUAUUUGGUGUUGCUAUGAGAGCCAUUCCAACUCGUGAUAUGUUUCUAGCUCAAUUACAUUCUAUUAGCUAUCCAGUCCCAAAAGAGGAUAUUGACCGAAUACUUGACCAUCAUAUGGUAACAUUUAUAAAUUCUCUGAAACCAAUUAUUCAAUCCAUAAAUGACUUUUACUGUGCCAAUAAUCUUGAUUCAGAAGAACAAGUGUGAGCAGACUGAAAAGAACAACCCCCACCCACCAAAAAAAACAAAACAAAACUAAAAAAACACAACCACGAAUUGAUGAAAACAAAACACUUUUAAACAUCCUUUUAAACUGGAAAAAUAUAUACCUGUAUGUAUGUUUGUAUAUAUGUAUACAUGAUGUGUGCAUACCCUUAUGUGCAUAUGUAUAUAUAAGGAUUUACAGAUUUAUCUUUGUUCUCACUCUUUUGAGUUGGUGCAGCGAUAUUAUAAUGGACAAGUCUUGUUACAGCUUUUUUUUUUUUCUUGUUUGCUUCUUAUAAUUUUCUUUCUUUCAAUGUGAUACUGGAAAGAUUGAAUCUAUAAACCAAACCCUCUUGGUGGAUGACAUAUAUAUAUAUAUAUAUAUAUAUAUUUAUAAAGCCCAGUGAUAAAAUGGUGGUCCUCUGUAAUAAGAAGUAUUCAUUUGUAUAAUUUCUCCUUUUUUUUCUUUUUCUGAGUUUGAAAGAUUUUAUUUAUUUUUUUCUGAAUGGCUCUGAUUGUGUUGAAAGUAUGCCCUGCACUAUAAGGAAGUAUAUAUGUGAAAUAUCUAGGGGUGCAUCAUCCAUAGAUUAGGAAGUCCUUGCCAUUGAAUAUAAAUUAUCAAUCAUUUGUAUCUUGGAAAAUAUACUAAAGCUUUCUAGUCCUUUCAAGAAUAUCUUAUCACAUUCCAAACAACUUUCUAGAAAAUCCUGAUUGUACAAAUUUACUCCUUCUCGAUUUACAACUUUGCUGGAAUUGUAAUAGUUAAGACAAAAUAGUUUGACAUUUUCAUUCUGACAUUUAUUGUCAAAGGAAAAGUAUAUUGAUUUUGUACUGUUUAUAAUAUUAAACAAAUAUAGUAGAUAUCUUUUGCUUUUCAAAAGUGUUCUGAAAAAUUUUCUCUACCACACUAGAAACUUGCGUUGUGCAUUCCCAACCUAUUUUGGGUACGUUUUCAUUUCUUUAAUGCUUCAUUCUUUUUAUAUUUCUAAUAUUCUUUUAAAUUUAGAUAUACUUUAUGUAUCAUAAUUUAAGUAUACAUAUUAGUAGAAUACUAAAUAAAUUUCAUCAAAAAUUAUUUUACUUUUCAACUAAAUUUAUAGUCACCAAAUUCUAUAGUUAGCUGUUAACUUUUCUCUUUUUAACUACUUCAUCAAUCCUAAAGGGUCAUAGAUAUUACAUAAAUUUAUAUUCAUUAUUUAAAUCAUAAUAUCCUAAGCUGGAAAUAUUUUAGCAUGAAAUAUCAGAUCAUGACAGCAAAUCUUAGUCUUGAAUCAAUAGAGCCUGGCUGUUUCAAUGGUACAUAUGAAUUGCUUGAUGUACUUCUUAUUCUCUUCACAGAAUUAGAUAGAAAAAACCUCCAACUGCAUUUGCAAAUGUAAUAUAUUAAUUGCCUGCUUAUUUAUCAAUGUUUUAAUCAUUCAAAACUUUGAUUUCUGAAAUAUUAAACAAAAAAUUCAGAGAUUUCAUGUGACAUUUUUCAUUUCUAAGAUGAGUUGCUAUUUGAAAUAUUUUUAUAAAAAGUUUUACAUUAAAAAUAUUUUUUUAGAAAACCUAAAGAUUUUAUUGUUUCCCUUCUUUUAACUGUUGGCGUCUCCUCACCUUCCUUGAAAUAUAUUUUGUCUGUUUUCUUUUCCAAAUGUCUAGAUCCCUUUAGUUUCCUUCCUCACUUUGCCCUUCAUCAUGAACAAAUUAAAAUUUUUUCCCGAUUAAGUUUACCAGAACAUUUUGUCAUAGUAUUAUAUUUCUACACAUUUCCAUGGUUCUGUCUUUAUGAACAAAGUUUUUAUUAUUAUUUAUCAAACAAUAAUUGAAAGCAAAAGAACAAUAAAUUACAUGAACUGUUAAUUGCUGUGUAGACUUUGACUAAUGUUAAUUAAUAAUCGACUACUUUGUGGAUAAUAAUUUUAUUCUCCGUAUGAGUUUUGUGGAUGUUGGAGAAUUAAUCAAUUUUCUAAAGAUUUGUCUUCCAUCCUUAUAAAUCAGAAUUGAUUCUCAAACAUUUAUCCAGAAUUCUAAUUCAGAAGAGAAACUAGAAUUUCAAAUUAGGCGAAAGCAGUUUCUGAAUUAUUUGGUAGUUUAGAAAUUAUCAAGUAUGGUUUCAGUCUGGUUUGUUGACUUGAAAACAAUGUCAAAAUGUAGUUUAUGGAAAAAUCUAUUCCAAAAUUAUUGACACAGGCUGGAUGUCUUCCAUAUUCUCGUGUUUGUUCUUUCAGCUAAUAUCAACUUAAAUAGUGUAAUAACUAUAUCAUUUGUAGUAAGAAAACUUUCUUUAUACUAUGAAAGUGACUAUUAAAACAAAAACACAGACAUAUCUGAUUUUUUUCUUUUUUUUUUUGUAGCAUUUGCUGUUGAAAUAACAAAUAAUUAAAAUCUUAGAGAAAAUUGAAAAGUCAUAGCAUUUGGAGAAUAUUUCUUUUUUUAAAUCAUUAAAGAAUAUGCAGAGAUUGCAUCAAAAUAUUGCAUGUGAGAUGGACGUUAAAUGAGGAUAAUGUAGUCAGCUUGUAACUUUGUGUUGAGUUUGGCAGCCAAAGUUUAAUUUGUUGAAAGGAUUUAAACUCGUAUUAGAAAAAGCAAAAGUUAAUUUACAGUGGGUCCAAUGAUAGAUAAAUUACAUAUCCCAUUAAUUACAGGAUUGUUGUAACGCUGUUCUGUUAUGUCUUUCAAACAAGCUUGGGUUGCUGCUAUUCAAGGGAAUAUUGAGGUUAUUGAGAUUUACGUACAUCUGCCCUUAAAAACAUAACUAGUACUUAGAAGAUUCUUUUGGGAUUCUCAGCCAUACUGUUGUCUCUUGCUUGAAGAGGCUGGGAAACACCAAAGUUAUCCUUAGCGAGAUCUGAACUUAGAAUGUAAAGUUCUGGAACUAAAUAGGUCCUCUAUUCAGUUCAUUUGACUAAAAUUCUUCAAGAAGGUACCCAAACAUGGCUGCUGUCUAAUGACUGAAACAGGUAAGAUAAAUACCAGAAGGUAUUUUGUCUGAUAUUCUCCUGAUUCUGCCUAUUCACUUCCUAAUAGUUAGGUACUGUGAGAAUAGGUAAUUCUAUACAAAGUAAUAGAAACAAGACUGAAAUAUGUUAUCAAAUGGUGAUAAAGUGUAUGUAACCGAUCUGAAGUACUGUACCCCAUGAUACAGAUUUAGUUAAUUUAUUUUCUGAAGUGUAUUCAGUAUUUGCUAUUUUAAUCCUUUAGCAUUCAGAUUACUCUGUUAAAUGUAAUUCUUAUUUAUUCACAUUGUUUUGAAUUAAUCAUGCAUUAUCUUGAAGCCUCAAAAUUUCAAUGUGAUUGUUUAUUUUUGCACUGAAGGGUAUGUGUGAAAGGCAAGACAUGGCCAGUUUGAAUACAAAGCAGGUAGAAUAUUUUGGCUGGAUGUGGCCAGUUCAAAUGCUAAAGUUUAAGUUAAUAUGUUAGACAUAUGAUCUGGAAUAAUGAAUAAAUUUUUAGUUGUUUUAAAUCUCUUGUAUUUUUUAUCAGCCUCUUAUGAUUUUUGCUAGAUAAAAUAACCAAUGCUCAGAAACAAAAGGAACAGGUUUCAUUUUGAAAUAAUUUAGUCAUAACAAUAAUCAUAAGUUUUUGGCUGGCUAAAACAAUUUUUCUCAACCAUUUCCUAGUCAAACUAAAGGGCUACAAUUAGUAAAUGAAUUCACAUACAGCUUUUUUGAAAAUAGAUUAUAUAUAUAUAUAUAUAUAUAUAUAUAUAUAUAAGAGUAUUAUAGUUCGCUUGAAGCAUUGUGUAUUGUUUGUAAAGAAUAAAAAGUUUAGAAUGGUACAACAAUGCACUAUAAAACAAAAAAUGGACUAUAUACCUGUUGUAAUUUGGUUAUCUAUAGUCCGAUGAUAUUUCAGAAUUACAAUUCCUUCUUCAGAUCUUCAUCAUCAUCAUCAUCAUCAUCUUCUGAGAUGGAUAAUUGUAUCAAGGACCUAUAAACCUUUAAGGGAUGCUAUCAUCCUAGUUCUUCUUCUCAUUCAUAUAUACACACACACACACACACACACACACACACACACACACACAUUUCACUCCUGUAAGAACAAAGAAAGUUAUUUUCUUAGUAUGUAUUACUUUAUUCAUUAACUUUUGGUCUAUGAAGUUUAGUAGAAUUGUGAAACAAAGCUCUUUUUUUUAAUUGUUCUGCACAGACUUGCUUAAUGAAUUCAGUGGGAAGGCUGCAAGGAUUAUAUUUAUGGGCAGGAAUAAUAAAAAGAAAGGAUUCCAAAUGGCAGUCAGUUAGGUUGAGGAGAUUUAAGUUACAUAAUCACAAAUUUCAGCCAAUAAUGUGGUUCAAGCCAUAGCUAACAGUGAAGCAUCAUAUUGUGUGUAUCAUACAUAUAUUUUGAAAAGGUCUGUUCUUGUUAGAAACAUUCAUGAUGUCAGUAUUGUUUGAAAUGUGCUUUAGGGGGCCAUUCUUUUCCUUCCACUUCAUGUGUAGCUACUAAUUAAAGAUUUCUCUAGUUGAUUACAUGGCAUGUUUUCAUCCAAUGGAAAUGUGUAGUACUACUAACUCAAAUAUUUCAAACAAACAUGGAAAAAUCAGUAUUAUGUUGAUGAAGUAUCAAUGUUAUACGUAUGGGCGAUUUUUUUUUUUUUUUUUUUUUAAAUUUUUUUUUUUUUAACUUGCCUGAGAGUAUUGCAUUCUGUUCCAUUUGAUUCGUUAAUUUUCCCCACAUUAUGGCUUUAUAGUGUUUUGUCUUUUCAAGGAGGAGCACAAUGUAUUUUUCUAAUUUGAUUUUCAUCUUGCAUCCUUGCACAAUCAGUGAGAGGUUGUCCAUAAAUUCAACUUUUCUAUAGAAUACCACUGUUCAGUCUUUCCGAUUCUGACUUCAAGCAGUUGUAGUAUUUUUUUGUAAUUGCUAUUUGUUCAGUCAUUCAAAUGUGUGUAGUUGUAUAUAUGCUAAUUGUAUGUAGGUGUUUGUAUAUACAGAAGUAUGUAAGUGUACAUGGACAUAGUAAUGCCCUAUCUUUAUGAUAUUCCUUUUCAAUGUAAAAGAAAUAUAAUAAAAAUGCAAAGUGAUGACCCAUGUAUGUAUUAUUUUGGAUAAUGGUUAACAUUGGCUUUAUUUAUUCAAUAACUUUAAGUUGUAUUCUGUCUGGAAACUUUUGUCUAUCUACAACUUGCGGUCAAUAUUUGAAGGUUGGUGAGGAGCAGUUAAAUUUAAGGGAAAAUAGGAAAUAGCCCAUCUUCAGCUGCUUAAAUAUAGACCUUAAGAGUUGCAGCAUUAUAUAUUAUAGCAACCUAAAAUUUUUCAUUAUAUUCAUUAACAGACUUUUAUCUUCAAGGAGAAAAAAUAAAUGCAUGCGAGAUAAUUUUUAAAGACUUUUUUUUUCUUUUGAUAACAGAAAAAAAAAAUUCUUUAUUUUUGGUUGACUUUUAAGGUUAGCCUAUUAUUUUUGUAUGGUUAUGAAUUAAUGGUACUGAUAUAUAUGUGACAUUGCUUACUGUAAAUGUCUUUGACUUCUGUACUUCAUGGUAAUGACUUGUUAUAUUGACAUAAGACCACAGGGGAAAGAUAAGCAGUUUGAGCUGACUCAGUAUAUGACUGGUAUUUGUUGACAAGGGUGGGAUGAAAGGUAGUCAAUCCUUGAUGGUAAUUGAACUCAAAACUGCAGAAACAAAGCUAAAUACUGUAAGGCACUUAGAUGCCAUUUUGCCAUUCCAUUGCUGUUUUUCAUUUUUUUUUUAAUAAUUGUUUUUUUUUGUUCUUUUUUUUUUCAAAGAAAAUCUUUUCAUGUAAGGAGAAAAGAGCUUUUAACAUGGAGUCGACAAAUUCACUCUCUUUACAUAUCAGGCAUUUCUAAUUUCUCUUACACAUGACUACUACUUUCACAUUUUCACUGGGGUUUAUUUCAUUACAUUUUCUAAGCCAGUCAGCAGAAGUAGCAAAUGCAAAUUAUAUUAUAUUUUAUCCUAAAUUAAUCAAGUUUAACUUAAGAGAAUUCAUGUCUACUUAGAAAAGCAUUUUUUUUUUUUUGUAUUUUUUUCAUAAAUAAUUUCUCACUUAUUUAAAAAAAAAAUAUUUCUUGAAUUCAUUAUUUCACUCUCAAUUCUAUGUUGUAUGAAGCAUAGAGUAGUAACUCAAGCUCUUGAUAUGAAUGUGAUUUUCCAUCAUACUGAUCCUUUUAAAACAGUAUUUCUCUCUCUACAUAUCUCUCUCUUAUUUUCUUAUUUCCUUUUUUAAUUUUUUUUAAACCAGCAAAAUGUUUCUUAUAUUUGGUGAGCGUUUAGUGUAAUAGCAUAUGCAACAAAUUUAUCUUUUCAUUUUAUUUAACUUAAACCCCUCCAAGUUUUACUUGUUUCAGCCAUAGUCUUUGGCACCAGCAUAGUAUAAGAAAAGCUAAAUAAAAUUUGAUGUACAAAAUAGUUUUUGUGUGUGUAUGAGAGAGAGAAAGAGAGUAUAGAAUGUAAUGGUUAAUUUCCUUUUAGAGGAAAGGAAACAAAAAAAAAGGAAUUUUUGUCAAAUUGUAAAUAAACAACGUUGUGGCUUUAUGUUAAAGCCCUUGUUUCUGAGUUGAACUUUUUGUAGUGGGAAAAACUUUGUCCACUAUGGUGAAGCAAACUACUAUGCGUAUGUAUAUAUGUGUGUGUGUGUGUGUGUGUAUAUAUAUAAAUAUAUAUGUUUCAUAUUGUAGUUAUUUCUUUGGAAAUGUGCUUCCUUAGCUGAAUUUUUUUUUUUUGUAUUAAAAAAAGUCAGUUUCACUAAUUCAAUUAUGCAUACAUACAUACAUACAUACACUUCUCACCUUGUACAUAAAAUAUUUCAUUAAUAAUAACAAUAAUAAUGAUUGUAUUAUAUUAUUUAGCAAGCACCAUAAAGUAGAGGUAAGCUCCUAGUGGGCAGUCCUUGACCUGAGUUUGAUUCUUAAUUGUAACCAUUUUACUCCAGUUUUGCCACUAAUGCCUUGAGCAGGCAUGAAUGUCAAAAACUUCCCAUCUCUCCAUUCUUAAAAAUCUUGGGCUUCAUGUUUAUGUAAAUGUACAAUUAUAUGAUUUUGUUGGAAAAGCUAUCCACUUUUCCUUGAUUCAAAUGGAUUGACUGUAUAUAAAAUAAAUGAACAUUUUCUUUUUUUUUUUUUUAAACUCAUUUAGACUGAAUGGUAUGUUUGCCUGUAAAAUCUGAUUUCAUGGCAAAAGCCGUACAUAAUUAAAACUGAGAAACAAACUGUUAA